CGCUUCCCUCUUCCAGUCCAGCAAAUCAAAAGCAGUUGAGCACACUCGAGGCACAUCUUCCAAUUCAAUAUUGACUCUCACACACUCACCCCACUACGCACUACGCACUACAUACCGAGUAUACUACACUACUACAUACAUACAAACAUACAUCCUUACUAUACGCGACAUCUACUACCUACCAUAUCGAGAUCUUACGAUAUCAUGAGUAACCUGGAACUCAAGUGCCUUUGCCUUCCAUUCAAUAUUCGUAGGGAAGCCUUCUUAUUCACACGCUCCUGGUGGUCCAAGUCUAUCAUCCUCCUGUCCUUACGAAUAGAACAAUCAAAUUCGAGAAAAAUCAAUUAAACAAUUCCUCAAUAAAAAUUGGUCAAAAAGAACAAACAAGGCUUCAUUGUUGCUAACAUCUUAUUACUUUGACCUGACCUGACCUUACCUGACCUUACCUGACCUUACCUGACCUACCUAUUCCUAUUCUACCAUCAGCUCGGAUCGCUUCAAACACUUCUCCUCCCUCCCUCCUCCAUACUUUGGACCAGAAAUAUUCAAUUCACCCUAUUAUCCUAUUAUACCUACCCGAAGUAAAAUAAAUCAAGCUCAAUUCAGCUUUUCUUCACUGGAUCCAUACUACCCGACCUACCAGUAGUACCUCGACUUUUUCUCAUGAUAUCGAUUCAUCACAAUUCACUCCAUCUUGAAACCUCCCCCCCCCCCCUCUGCCAACCAUACCUUGGGGACUCAAGAUUCUUCGGAAACACGCAGGAUCCAUCUCCGUAUCAGUCGCACAAGUCAGACGCUGAUCAUCUUUCCGAUUUCCCCUCUGUGCGGUCGUUGCGCAUGCAGAUAGCGAUUCCCGGGACACAAUCAACAUCGAGAUAAGGUUGUCUGAAAGAAUUUACCUGCACUUCAAUUCAAGUCUAUCCAUUCGGGUCAGCCCACUUAGUUUUGGAUCGACUACAAGAGUUCUUCAAUUGUCAAGAAGAUGCCGUUAAUCAAUGGAUUGAAAAUGGCCUGUGAGCCAUGUAUUCGAGGCCAUCGAUCAACAAAAUGUACACACGCGAAUGAGAGACUGAUGGUACCGGUGAGGAAGCCCGGAAGACCACUCAGUGCAUGCCCUCACUCGAAAGAUCAACCAUGUAACUGUGGGAGUGUUACUGCUGCUAUUCCAAGGAAGCAAGCAUGCCACUGUGGUACCGACACACCUGUCUCGACUCCUCCGGCUCCGAUACAACGAGUCAACUCCAUAUCCGACCCUACUUCCCCGACGCAACUCACAUUUAAAAUACAAAAGACAGCAUCGAAGCCACAGUCGAGUAGGAAACAAUCAUUUGAUCCUGUGAAUUUGGAACGGAUGGAUUUAAACCAAGUCAAUAUAGUUCCCUUCGAUCAACAUACCCAAAGAAUGCAGAUUAUUCCCCCAAAUGCAUAUCAUAUGUCGACUGCUCCUCAACCCUAUGGGUAUGGUCCACCACAAUAUUCCAUCAUGCAACAACAAUAUGGCACCGUUCCUGUUCAACUGCCUCCACCUAUGCAUGGACUGGGAGGACCAAUAGUAGAUAUCAGAACAAAUGGAUUUACGAAUGGGCUCAGCAGCUUAGAUCAAGUUGUGGAGGAUCCUCUCGAAACACCGACUGAAGUGAAGAAUGGCCAAAUUACUCCUAAAAUGAAUGGUGGUUCUUGUUGUGCACCAUCGACUCCAGAAACCCCACCUCAUAUCGAUAAUGUCGCUACGGGUAGUGGUUCAUGCUGUGCGCCCAAACAAAAUACCCACAGUCACACUUCUUCGAAUGCCAGUACGAUGUCUGAACCCCCGCAAGCUACACCUAAACCUAAGAGUUGUUGUUCUUCAAAGAAGAAGCCCUCAUCGACUCAAAACUCCCAAACAAAUACUCCCAUGAUGAACCCACAAAUACCACAAAAUGAAUUCCCGAUGAAUAAUGCCAUGUAUUCACAAUACCCACCUACCGUUUUUACAUAUCCUGCUACAUAUGGUUCUUAUCAAAACCCACUACAGCCAUCCGCCUGGCGCCAAGGUGUCCACGAUAUGAGUUACGGACAUGUUCAAGGACAACCAUCUAUCCCUAACGCGCCUUUGUCAUUCGACCCAACUCAAAUGGCCCAAAAUCCCGAAACCGUUCAUACAUGUGGUUGCGGUGAUGGUUGCCAAUGUGUUGGCUGUGCAGCUCAUCCAUAUAACGAUGCGACAAGACAAUACGUCCUUUCAGCUUGGGAAUCGAUGCGGGUCGAACCGGACCUGUACAGCAAUGGUCACGCACAUGGGCGUAUCAACUCGAAUGGGAAUAUUGCACCUACGUCCAUCCAGACACAGGAUAUUAUCAAGGAGAACCCUACUUCUCCGCCUCCCGCCACUCCUUCUAGUACCACUUCCGGAACUGCAGAAGAACAGAGCCUUUCAGCGUCGGAUUUCUUUUUCGUAAAUUAUCCCUUCGGCGCGGAAGAUGGCUGUGGAGGAGAAACUCAAAGCUGCCCCUGCGGUGAUGAUUGCCAAUGUUUAGGCUGCACUAUUCAUCGCGUUCCAGAUAUUCCUUGCCCUGGGGAGAAGGACACUUGUCCAUGUGGCGACGACUGCGCUUGUAUUGGCUGCACUAUACAUAACAUGUGAUGCGUUAUUAUUGCAUAUAUCUAAGUGGGGAUGUUGCACAUAAUUAAGGAGGAAAAAACAUCCUUGACAAUAUAUGGGAUCUGAUGAUUUUGAGUGUUUUGUUUUGAAGGAAAAGUUCGAUACCCUCUGCGUUUUUUUAAUUUUUAAGCCCCGAGGGCGGUACGGUUGGCUGGGGUGGAUGUUAGUGAUACUUUCCCCCUGGAUUGAAGCGAGCUAUCAUGAAAGAAUUGAGAACAACCAUGCAUUCAAUGUCACAAGGAUUAAUUUUUCAUUCAAUAGCUACAUGUAAUGCAAUUAUGUUUCUCUAGCAUUUGGUACAAUAUGUAUCUCAUGCUAGUCGAGGCCAAUUUGACACCGUCGUUAUCAGCUUAGCUAACCCCUGGGCUCAUUUGUAGACCUCAAGAGUUCAUGACAUACUAGUGCAAUGCGUUACGACAGCAUCCAUAUAUCAAAUGUGGAGCUUUCAAAAGAUUUGAUAGUGAUUCUGCGCCGCGACCGCACAUAUUGAACAGGGGUGAUUCUAUUUGACCACCGGAUCACAAUGUAAUUUCUUCAAUUUCUUCAUCUACUUGUAUGCACAUGUGAUCUUCAUGCU